GUCAGCCUUUGCAGUUCUAAAAUUGACCAUGUGAUCGAAAAUCCAAGCAGAAAGUUGUACCUUUACCCUGGAGGGGGCUGAUGCGUCGCUUCAUUUCUGCUCUUCUGCCGUCUAGUCCUUUGUACUGACCGGCGCUCCGGUCGUCUCCUCGCGCUUGCGGGUUCCCCGUCCCCACCCCACGCCGGGGGCAAGAGAUGGAGAACGCGGUGGUGCUCCGGGAGUGGUUUGACCGCGUCGACGCCGGCCGCACCGGCAACAUCACCGCUGCCCAGCUCCAGGGCGCGCUCGCUGUCGGCAACCUCAACUUCCCCAUCUCCGUCGUGCAGCAGAUGAUUAGGAUGUAUGACUUCGAUCGGAAUGGCACCAUGAACUUCGAAGAGUUUCUGGCUCUUAACAAAUUCCUACAGAAGGUGUUUCCUGUUUCCAAUUUGCAGGUGCAAAAUGUGUUUUCCACCCUGGAUAGGGGUCGUGGAUUUCUAAGUCUUGAGGAGGUGUACCAGGCAUUAAUCAAACUUGGUUUCUCGUUGGAUUCACCAGCCUUCUAUACUGUUUGUGAGAGCUUUGACAAGAGCAAGAAGGGCAUGAUUCAAUUGGAUGAGUUUAUAUCACUCUGCAUUUUUGUUCAGUCAGCUCGUAACCUGUUCAAUUCGUUCGAUACAAGCAAGCAAGGAAGAGUGACUUUAGAUUUUAACCAAUUCGUGUACUGCACGGCAAACUGCAGGAUAUAAUGUGGUUGUACAUGGGCGCCCAAACAAAAAGGUUAGCAGUGUGAAGUGCUAACCGUUCGCCAAUCAAACUUCGUUUCUGAACCGGCAGCUGGGUAUUGCAAUUCACUGUUCGCCAUCUAAGGCUUGUUGUACCAUCAUUUUGCCUGAAUGUAUUCUUGGUCACCUAUUGGUCAAUCCGUGUCCAGUUUUCUGACAUCCUGGGCUGUAUAUACAGAAUAAGACUUGGCAAUUUGUGGCUGUAUUUAUAUAAAAUAUUUCAAGUAAUCCAGACAUUCACUCCUUUGCA